GAGCCCCAGGGGCCCCUAGUACGGCUCCCCACCCUGAAGACAAGCAGAACCUUAAAAUACAUACUGGAGGCCCGCUAAAGCGCUUUACAAACAAGAACAACACACACUCGCGGAGCCGAAGACGGACAGAGAACCGGUAAAAAUACGGUGGCGAUACAUAAAAAGUUAACUUGGCUCCCCGAGCGGAGCGCAUGUGGGGGGACGAGGGGUUCAUUUAUAAAUACGGCACAGGCACCCAAAAGCGUUGGGUCCGUCCUCGGCUGCUCGCGAAAAACGGGUGCCGAAUAUAACAUGCUAUGUAACACUGCUGUGUGAAGGCGAUUGGGGAGCCACAAUCAUAUUCCAAAAAAUCAGCCAGUAAUGGAAGAGAAAGAUACGGGGGAGAGCGAUCCUGUGGACCUCCAGUGUGCUGAGCAGACAGAUCUCGUCUCAUUAAUAAUAAGCGGAGAGGAGGAAGCGACGCAAGAGGAGAGUGACCUGGGAAACUGUUCACUACUAGGAGACGAGGACGACGAGGACGACGAAGACGGCGGCCUAGCCAACGGCCACGAUGAGGACGAAUCCCAGAGCAGCAUGGCCACGCCCGCCAGCUCCCCCCACACCAGCUACUGGAGCGUCACCGAGGGUCCGGACCAGCCCCUUCUGCUGUCCCCUGCCCCGGGCCCCUCCGGCGGCGGCGGCGGCGGCGGCGGCAAGGCCCCAAGGGUCCCGAGGGCCUCCCGCCAGGGCCUCAGCCGCAUCCCGGGCCGGGACCACCGGCGCUACUACCACGAGUAUUGGCGCAGCGAGUACCUGAUGGACUUUGACCGGCUGCGGCAGGGCAUGAUCUGCAUGGUGUGCGGCAGCUCGCUGGCCACGCUCAAGCUCAGCACCAUCAAGCGCCACAUCCGCCAGAAGCACCCCGACUCCCUGCUGUGGAGCCCCGCCGACAAGGAGGUGAUCCGCUCGGGCUGGGAGAGCCACCUGGGCCUGGGGGGCGCCCACAAACCCUUCUUCCCCCCGGAGGAGGAAGCAGGAGGAGGAGGAGGAGGAGAGGGAGUGGGCGUUGGGGCGGCGCCGCCGGACCCCGUCGGACCCCUGGGAGCGCUGGGAGCCCUGGUACCCCUGGACCCGGGUCUGGAGGAGCUGUUUGCGCAGGAUCCUCCCCCUGCAGCAGAAGCCCCGGCUGCGACGGCUGCUGACACGGGAUACAUCGACCCCACCCCCCCGCCCCUGCACCACCCACCCCCCCAACAACCACUGGGUCCAACCCCCUACACGGGGCUGAGCGGACCCCCCCGAGCCUCCAGCGAGGAGGAGGAGGUGGAGGAGGAGGAGGAGGAGGAGGUGCGGCGCCGGCGGAGGGAGGAGCCGAUGAAAGUGGAGACGAUGAUGUCGACGGCGGGGACGGGCGUGGAGGAGCCGUCGGCGCGCACGCUGGAGCGCUACCUCAACGACUCGCUGCACGCCUGGUUCCGCCAGGAGUUCCUCAUGGAGUACGAGGCGCCGGUGGCCGGCGCGGGCGUGAGCCGCCUGCUGUGCAUGGUGUGCGGGGGCCAGCCGCACUCGCUGCACCUGGACCACAUCAAGGGCCACGUGCUGGAGCGCCACCCCGACUCGCUGGUGUACAGCGCCGAGGAGAAGCACCGCGUGCUGCAGGCCUGGGCCCACGCCCACCCCGAAGAGGAGGCGGGGCCGUUCAUCAAGUCGGAGCGCGACACCAAAGACCCCGAGGCCGGGCUCUCCCCUCAGGACGCGGGGUACCUCCAGGGGGGCUACGCGCUCCCGCCGGGCCACGCCCCCCUCACUCAGGACCCCGGCGGCGUUGGCGGCGGCGGCGGUCUCAUCGGCGAGGACGGCAUCGGCGGCUUCGGCGGGGCCGUGGCCGGGACCCCCGACCACCGGGGGCCGCGGGGCCGGGGUGCCCCCAGGAGGAGGCGGCUCCGCGGGGGGGAGCCGUGGCGGCUGCGGCUGGACUACCUGGUGGCCUACGGGCCCCAGGGCCGGGGGACCUACUGCAUGGUGUGCUCCCAGGCCCUCGCCGAGACCAAGGUCAGCGGCUUCCGCCGGCACAUCCAGGAGAGCCACCCGGAGACGGGCAGCCUGGGCCGCAAGGAGCGGGAGGCCAUGGCGGCGGCGUGGACCAAAGAUUACCACGGCGACCACGUCAAAGAAGAGCUCCACCCCAGCGAGCUCGUGGCUGCCACGGCGACCGACGACGCGGCAGCAGCGGCGGCGGCGGCGGCGGGGGGCGACUGGCCCUCCCCCCUCGCCGGCGGCGGCCUUCGGGGGAGCAGGGGGGGGCGGCGGCGCCCGGCUCCUGCGCCGCCGCCGCCGCCUCCUCGCGCCACACCCACUACCCGGAAGGACCAGCGGCGCAACUACCAGGUGCGCUGGCGCCAGGACUUCCUGAUGGACUACGACUGCCGGCGCCACGGCCUGAUCUGCAUGGUGUGCGGCUCCACGCUGGCCACGCUCAAGGUGAGCACCAUCAAGCGGCACAUCCAGCAGGUGCACCCGCAGUCGCUGGCCUACGACGCGGGCGAGCGGCAGAACGCGCUGCUCUGCUACGGCCGCGCGGCCGAGCGCUUUGUCCACGCCGACGACUGCUUCGCCAGGCAGGACCACGGGCACGGGGGCACCGGGACCACGCCCACCACGCCCACCGGACACUCGGGGACUUGA